AUGGCAACUGAUCUACAGAACCUAUGCCCUGUGACCAGCGACGGAAACAACACCGCGGCUCUUGAUCGGAACUCUAGAGAUCUAUUCGAUAACCAUUACUUUCAGAACUUGCUCACCGGAAAGGGCCUUCUCGGUUCUGAUCAGCUUUUAUUUUCUAGUGAUUUAGCCGAUACAACAAGUACCAAAAGCUUGGUCCAAAGCUAUAGCUCUAGUUCCAACCUUUUCCUGACAGAUUUUGCUAAUUCUAUGAUCAAAAUGGGAAGUAUAAGUCCACUCACCGGGUCUGCUGGAGAGAUAAGAAAGAACUGCAGGGUUGUUAAUUCAUGA